AUGGGCUGGGGCAAUGGGCAUGAGGUGAUGGAGCCCCUUGUGAAGGCAGGAGCUCACCCUGGUGCUGGCUGGGGACAGGCAUGUCCUGGUCAUGCCGAUACAAAACCAAGGGGGGUCUGGAGCUGUCAAGGGCUGGGUCUGUCCCUGUUGUUCAUCUUGUACUUGCAGUCUCCUGCUUCCCCUCUGUCAAAAGGCUUUAGGGAGAAAACCCUCAGCCCUCUGGUGCAGUUCAGGGAUGCUGCAAGGACGGAAGCUCCUGGAGCAGCAGCCCUGCUGCCCUACGUGCCCCACGUACCCACCGCGGCCCUGCCGGGGAAGCUCACGGCCACCACCUUCGCUCUGGAGAGACCCUGCUGCAUCUUCGACCACGAGGCCAACGCUCCCGAUGCCGUGUGGCUGGUGGUGGCGUUCGCCAACGCCUCGGGUGCCUUCAGGAACCCCCCGUCCCGUGCUGACGUGCCCCUGUACGAGCGGCUGCCCACGGCGCACUCCUACAUGACGCUGGAGACCCCAGUCCAUGCCUUCGCCUGCUCAGCACCGAGCCCAGCCCCACUGCGCGUUGGGGGGGACACAGCAUGCGAGGGACAGGAGCCCUGCAAUGGGCCCCUGCCCUCCCCCGGGCCAUACAGGGUGAAGUUCCUGGUGAUGGGCUGCCACGGCCCCAGAGCAGAGACAAGGUGGUCUGAGCCCAUCCUCCUUCGCAGAGCCAGCAGCCUGAGCACCAUCGACCCCGUGCCCCUGCACCGCAGCAGCGCCGUGGUGGUCAUCACCUCCAUCCUCGCCAGCCUGGGGGCCGUGCUGGCCGCCGCGGUGCUCGGUGCCGUGGGCGCCAAGGCGUGGGGGUCCCUGCACCGCCGGGAUUCAGGAACCAGCACCCACAGAUCCUACAGGACCCAUCACAUCCCCCCAGCGCUAUCCCGGCCCCCCGGAUGCCGCUGCAGCCCCCCGGGGCUGUGCUGCUUUGCCCCCCGGCCCCCUGCUCCGUGUCCUGCCGAGUAAACUCUCACUUCACACCCGCAUUGC